UUUCCUUUUCCGGCGAAAUCGUAAGAAUCCUCUCUGAGAAUCUCUCCCCCGUUUGCCGCCAUGGUUCUCAAGCCCACCAGAGCUCAAAAGAAGACGCAGUACGACAAUAAACUCUGCCGCCUCCUGGAAGAGUACUCACAUGUCCUCAUCGUCGGCGCCGACAAUGUUGGCUCCAAUCAGCUUCAGAGUAUUCGCAAGGGUCUUCGAGGAGAUUCCAUUAUCCUCAUGGGUAAGAACACUAUGAUGAAACGCUCCAUCAGAAUCCAUUCUGAAAAGACUGGUAAUUCCGCCGUCAUGAACCUCCUCCCCCAACUUGUGGGAAACGUGGGUUUGAUCUUCACUAAAGGCGAUUUGAAGGAAGUGAAGGAAGAGGUCGCCAAGUACAAGGUGGGAGCCCCAGCCCGUGUUGGCCUUAUUGCACCGAUUGACGUGAUUGUUCCUCCAGGAAACACUGGACUCGAUCCUUCCCAGACAUCUUUCUUUCAGGUGCUGAACAUCCCAACAAAGAUUAACAAAGGCACAGUGGAAAUCAUCACUCCUGUGGAGCUAAUCAAGAAAGGAGACAAAGUCGGUUCAUCCGAGGCUGCGCUCCUCUCUAAGCUUGGGAUUAGACCCUUCUCUUACGGUCUAAUUGUUGUCUCUGUCUAUGACAAUGGCUCUGUUUUCGACCCAGAGGUGCUUGAUCUUACAGAGGAAGAUCUUCUUGAGAAAUUCCUUUCUGGGGUUUCCAUGGUUGCCUCUUUGUCUCUCGCUGUGUCUUUCCCAACUCUUGCAGCUGCUCCCCACAUGCUCAUCAAUGCGUAUAAGAAUCUUCUCGCUGUUGCUGUCGCCACUGAAUAUUCGUUCCCACAAGCUGAUGAAGUCAAAGAAUUCUUGAAGGAUCCAAGCAAGUUUGCAGCUGCAGCAGCUCCUGCUGCAGGCGACGAGUCUGGAGGCGCCCCAGCAGCUGCUGCCCCCGCUGAGGAAGAAAAGGCGGCAGAACCAGAGGAGGAGUCCGACGGGGAUAUGAUCAUGGGCCUGUUUGAUUGAGUUCAUUCACAAGCGUUAAGAAAAUUGUUUUAACCCAUCUAGUUUCGUGUUUUUUGAUUUUAUAUGCUCGGAGACAUUUUCAGUUGGUUUGUGAAAUUUGUGGUGAGGAUUUGGUGGUUUUUAUUUGUUCAUCUUGAGCUUGAACCACACAUUUUGUCAUGAUUGGUACGUGUUGUGCUCAACCCUGUCUAAGU